AUGAGAAUCAACGCAAUCAAUCCAAUAUUUCAAAGCACAAGAUGCUUCACAGCGUCGGCUCAAGCUCUCAAGUAUAAGAAAUGGAUUGAUCUUUCCAAGAAAGAUAAGCAAAGUUUCAUAAGAGGGUACGUUGACAUGUAUAAGGAGAAGAAUCCUUGUAGCAAAAGCAACCUGAUGCACCGCUCUUUAAUGGGAGAAAUGGAAGAACAUGACGACACUCCAUAUGUGUUUGGCAUUCUUUACAAUGAGAUCAGGGCUGUAGCACUUGGAGAAUCUCAAGACAACAUUAAGGGUUCGGGGCAUUUGGGGGAUCCGUCUUUCGAAAAACUGUUGUUCAAAUAA